CAGACUGGAGUGCAGUGGUGCAAUCAUAGCUCACUGCAGGCUCAGACUCCUGGGCUCAAGUGAUCCUCUGGCCUCAGCCUCCCAAACAGUUGGGACCACAGGCAGGCGCCACCAUGCCCAGCUAAUUUCUUUUUUUUUGGUAGAGAUGGGGUCUCACACUCCUGGGCUCAAGUGAUUCCCCAAAGUGCUGGGAUUACGGGCGGGAGCCACGGCGCUGGGCCUUAUAAUUGAAUUUUCGAACCUUAUUGUUAGUUAUGUACUUCUUUACCUAUGACACUAGACUCCCCAAAAUACCAAAAACAAGAUUGGUGUCAUUUAUCAUUGUGUUACCCUCAAGCUGUUAGCAUAGUGCUUUGCAUAUAGUAGGUGUUAAAUGUUCGAAAAUACAGUUCCGAUACAUCGUUUAUGGAAUAUUAAUAGGCUAUUAAUUCAGUAGCAAAAACACCAGCUUUUGCAUCUUUUAAAAUAUAAGUCAAUCUUUUUUCCCUAAAGAAGGCAGCUUCGUCCCUCCCCUCACCCCCCAAUACUCUUCCAUCACACACAAGAAAGAAAAUACUUAUAUAUAUUAAGUAGGGUCUCCAGAGGGAAGGAUGGCAGGAUACAAUAACUUUUCCAAGAGAUCUGACAGUUCUAUCCACAACACUCGGGGAAAACUAUUUCGGGGGUCGGGUGGCGGGGGAGGGGGGCGUUGGGAGCGGAAAGAACGUUUUUCUGAGCGCAGGUGUCACUGGGCCAACUUCACCCAGCCUACAUUCCUUUAAGGUCCCCGUGGACUGCUCUGGGAUGAAAGCGGAGGCUGACUGGGACUCCAGCCGCCGGCCUCCUCGCGUGGAGCCUUGCUGCUCCUCUUGCCGCCUUCCGCUGGCCGGGACCGUUUUUAGGCCUUUGCCACGCCUCGGGAGCGCCACGAACCCAACAGCCGCCUUCCGGCUCGCGGUCUGCGGACGCGCUCGGAGUUGGGGGCCUCCGCCAACAACUGCCGUACCGUGUCGGGUCGCAGCCGCACGCUAGCGGGGUGAACGGCGCGGCGGGCGCAGGGGUCCUCGCCAAGGUUUGGACGAGGACCUUGAAAAUGGCUUCCGGGCAUGCGCCACAGCAGCCGUUACGAGACGCAAAACCGACGCCUUGUAGCCGAGAGCCUAGAGGGACGGAGCUCGGCGCACCAUGAGGCUCCCGGGGCCCAGGGCCGACUGUGAGAGCGCACGAGGUUGGCGAGCCCCGCGGGGAGGCCCAAGAGCGGGUGCGGGCGCCAGCGUAGCCGCGGCGGUAGCGUCACGCAGCGAGGCCGUGCGUGCGCGGGCGUCAGGGCGGUGCUGAGUUGAGGACGCCGGCGGCUCCGCGCCGAGCUUUGCUUUUUCGGUUGGGCAUGCGUCUUACCGCAAGCUGAGUUAGUGCUGAUUCUCUCAAAUAGAACCCGAAGGAUAAAUCUUCAUUUUUGUUUCAACAAAACUUCGAAACAAAAUGGAAGAAAAUAAUCUACAGUGCAGUAGUGUGGUUGACGGUAAUUUUGAAGAAGUUCCUAGGGAGACGGCAAUUCAGUUUAAACCUCCACUAUACAGACAGCGGUACCAGUUCGUUAAAAAUUUAGUGGAUCAACAUGAGCCUAAGAAGGUUGCAGACCUGGGAUGUGGUGAUACUUCACUCUUAAGGCUGCUAAAAGUCAAUCCAUGCAUUGAAUUGCUUGUUGGAGUAGAUAUUAAUGAGGAUAAACUACGAUGGAGAGGGGAUUCGUUAGCUCCUUUCUUGGGGGAUUUUCUGAAACCUCGGGAUCUGAAUUUGACCAUCACAUUGUAUCAUGGCUCCGUUGUGGAGAGAGACUCUCGUUUGCUUGGAUUUGACUUGAUAACGUGUAUUGAAUUAAUAGAACAUUUGGAUUCAGGUGAUCUGGCCAGAUUUCCUGAAGUGGUAUUUGGGUACCUGUCUCCAUCCAUGAUUGUCAUCAGCACACCAAACUCUGAAUUCAAUCCCCUGUUUCCAUCAGUGACCUUAAGAGAUUCAGAUCAUAAAUUUGAGUGGACCAGAAUGGAGUUUCAGACUUGGGCUUUAUAUGUGGCAAAUCGCUAUGAUUACUCUGUGGAGUUUACUGGUGUUGGGGAACCACCAGCUGGAGCUGAGAAUGUUGGAUACUGUACCCAGAUAGGAAUCUUCCGGAAAAAUGGAGGAAAGGCAACAGAAUCAUGUCUUUCAGAGCAGCAUGAUCAGCAUGUUUAUAAAGCUGUUUUUACCACCUCAUACCCGAGCUUACAGCAGGAAAGGUUCUUUAAACUUGUGUUGGUUAAUGAGGUGUCCCAACAAGUGGAAAGCUUAAGAGUGAGCCACCUGCCAAGGCGGAAAGAACAGGCUGGGGAACAGGGUGAUAAGCCCAAAGACAUUGGUGGCUCAAAGGCCCCUGUCCCAUGCUUUGGACCAGUCUUCACAGAGGUUGAGAAGGCCAAGAUAGAGAACUCUCCCACACCCUUCUGGGUUGGAGAUAAAUUUUUUGUACCUCUGCAGAGACUCCUUGCGUAUCCCAAGUUGAACCGCUUAUGUGCUAAUGAAGAGAUGAUGAGAUCGGUCAUUGCUGACUCAAUUCCUCUGAGCAGAGAUGGUUCUGCAGUGGUGGCUGACCUGCGUAAUUAUUUUGAUGAACAGUUUGAGUUUUGAACCAUGUUUAUUUCCUGAAAUUUCAGGGUCUCAGCGAUAGUUGUGCUCACUUAGAAUUUAGGUUUUUUUGUGUAAUCUUAAUUCAAGUAAUGUUUUUAAAGUUUCACUGCAAAAGUCUAUGUUCCAAGCCAUUGGACAGAACUGCUUGAGAUAUGGCCAAACUGCAGUGAGCCCUGAGAAAGAUAUUAGGGUUUGACUAAAAACGGGUGCUUUCCUUUGAUCUUGGACUUUCUUGUUUUCUCGAGAAUAAAGAAGUUGGAUGUGGUAAUAUGUUAA